GCGUAAGCACAUCCAAGUUGUUGGUCGGUCGUUCGUCGUGGUCUCCUUCUCGCACGGAGCUGUUGCCUUGUUGUCGAUCUCAUUCGUCGAAGCUAAGGACGUAGUACAUAGUCACAACAAGACUUUUGAGAACGCAUCUGAGCGCAAAUACGGUCACAUUCGGUCCGGAACUUCAACGCGGCGAUGAGCUUAUCGACGGUCCAGGUGGAAAGGGAAUCGGUGGGAGCGAUCGAGGGCAUCAUCAUGAAUGGCCAUCGAACGGUCAUAGAGCAUGAUUGCUGCCACGCGGCGAACGCGGAUGAAGUACUAGUUGCAGUAGCUGCAAGUGAAGCUCUACAGGAAAUUCAAUCGAUCGGUGCUGUGGAUCAAUCAGGAAAGUUGGCCAGUUUAGGAAAGAAGAUGGGUGAUGAUCUGGAUCUGGACCGUACAUUCGCAGCCAUUCACAUUGAUCACGACAAGGCGGCGGUUUCCAGAGAAGCAACGAUGACGAUGGUGAAGGAUGACAACGAACAAGUCAACGGGAGGGAGAAGGAGGUCACCCGGAGAGAGGAGAGAGAGCAGAAGGAGGAGGAGGAGGAGGAGGAGGAGGAGGAAGAGGUGGAGAGUAUGUGGGUCGAUAGUUUGGUGUGUUACGCAUCGGUGCAGCACCGUGAUUAGUCUUGUUUUCUUUUUUUUGUUUCCCCCUUUUUUCUUUUCUCUGAUUGUAGGGAAUCGUUAUGUAGACGACGUUCUAGACUCUCUUUGACUGGUCAAAAUAAUAAAAAAAUGCAACAUAAAAUCUCGUCGCCUGAAAAUUUGUUCUUUUUAGUUUGUUAGUUUUUGCCAGAAAAUAAUAAUUACGCCUGAAAAUAAUAAAAAAAUGCAACAAAAAAUAUCGUCGCCUGCAGUUUAUUCGAAUAAAUAAAUAACAAUGCA